AUGGAACCUUUACAGUCAAACUACGCGUCGAACUCUGUCCCUGAAUCACCUCUGUCCACCGUGUCGUCUUAUCCCGCUUCGCCAGUUGCAUCACUCUUCUCCGCGAAACAUAACAGAUUCCCUAGUUCUGUAUCAUCGCUCGCUUCGUCUCCAGGGAUUGGAGUCCCUGCAGAUCAAUGCCCGCCAACCAUACUAGAGGGUGUCCAGGAGGAAGAACCCUUGGAUCCCGAUUAUAGUAUUGUCGAUGAAGAUAACUACUUUCCCGAUUUCAAUGAUAUUCACGCCGACGACCAGGUCGAUGGAAGCGGACGCGCCUCCUUUGAACAGAACUAUGAUCUAUCCGAUGAACUUGCGGGCGUAACGCGUUCACCAAAGAAACGGAGACCCGAUAGCAACUCUUUGCGGGGUAUUUCGCGUAUCAGCAGUCGGAUCUCCUCGAUUUCUUCGAGAUGGAAACAAAGACAGGUCUCUGACACUGCAGCUGCAUUGGAGAAAUAUGAUGAAUCACUAAGAUCACGAGCCAACUCAGCCACCUCUGCUCUCGCAACUCCCUUGGCCAGUUCUUUCUCUGCAAGGCAAAGCCAAAUAUCCAACUCGCCCGCAAGGACGAUCCUUGAGGAAAGUCUGCAAGAGGCGGGCAUUGCACCUCUCGACAUUGAGAAGGCCAAUCGAGAAGCCACGAUUGAGCGUGAACCGCAAGCAACCACUCCUCUGCUCCCACCGGUGAUGAUCGACCUGCCCAACGCUGAAAACGAGGAAUUGAUUCAUUCGCCGCUGCAAUCGCCUACCGUGGCUGAAACCACGAAUUCUAUAAUUGCUGAUUCGCCCAUAGAAAUACAGCGCGCGAAUGGGCUAUUGUCGCCUCCCUUGUCUACGCAGCCAUCUUUAACGUCCAUCAGUCGGCAAAUUGCAUCCUCGCGACCAUAUGGAGCAGAAAUAUCUCCUAUCACCAUGCUCAACACGGAAGAUGAAUGGUCUUGCAAACUGGGCCAUGCCAAUUUCACGAUUCACCCGAAACCGUAUAUUCCUGAAUUCUGUACACUUGACGCGUUCGAGGAACACCGAUCGAAUUGGAAUCUUGCCCGCUGCAAUUACGCGAAACACCUUGUACGGACUGGUGAACACUAUGGCGUCACAUCCAACAUCUAUCGCUUUACCGAGGAGAAAUGGGACUUUACUGAUAGCCAAUGGAGAGUCAAUCACAACAUCGUCCUCGCCAAUCUGACAGAUCACAACGGCAAUCCGCUUUCCCUGAGCAAGUCAAAUGCCCAUCCCGGAGAAUCGGUCAAGAUGCCUCCCUUUCUCGAUAAGUCGAAAUUCCCUGAUCUUGGCGACGAAGACAUUGUUGGGCCUAUGUCGGUUGCACCUGCACAGCCACAGCUAUCGACUCAAAGCAAGUCGCACCGCAAGAGAUCGUUCUUCAAAUUCUUACAAGAUAUAUUUUCUUCUCGUGACUCAACAUAA